CGGGCCGGUCAGUGUGAGUCCAGCUGAGUCCAUCAACCCCUUUUGCCUCCCGCGCUAUGGCCGCUCCGCCGCAGCUACAGGCUCUACUCAAGGCGGUCAACGCACUGCUGCGCAAGCGCCGCUACCACGCUGCGUUGACCCUGAUUAAGGGCUUCCGGAACGGGAUCGUCUAUGGAGUCAAAAUCCGGGCCCCUCACGCACUGGUCAUGACCUUCCUCUUCAGGAGUGGCAGCCUCCGGGACAAGCUGCGAGCCAUUCUGCAGGCCACCUACACCCACUCCUGGAAUCUGGCUUGCUUCGUGUUUGUCUACAAGGGCCUCUGCGCCCUGCAGGCCCACACACAGGGCAAGACCUACCAGUCGCACUCAUUCCUGGCUGCCUUCAUCGGGGGCUUCCUGUUGUUUGGAGACAACAAUAACAUCAACAGCCAGAUCAACAUGUACCUGACGUCGCGUGUCCUCUUCGCGCUGUGCCGCCUGGGCGUGGAGAAGGGCUACAUCCCGGAGCUCCGGUGGGACCCGUUCCCUCUCUACACAGCAGUGGUUUGGGGGCUUGUCCUGUGGCUCUUUGAGUAUCACCGGCCCACGCUGCAGCCCUCGCUGCAGUCCUCCAUGACCUACCUGUACGAGGACAGCAACGUGUGGCACGACCUCUCGGACUUCCUCAUCUACAACAAGAGCCGCGCUUCCAAGUAGGCGGCUCCCAGGUGCUCACCCCGGCCCCGCAGGCACCUGGCGAGCUCCGCUGGGCGCCGUCAGCACACCCUCCAGAGGGUCCUGCCUUCUGGAAGUCAGGCCUCACACUCCGACUUGGCUCAUCCCAGGGCUCCAUUUGUGGAAGGAAAAGCACAGAUUUUCACGACUCAGUAGGUACUUUGAACCGUGCGACAGACGGCUGAGUCAGGUUGAGGAGUCCUGGGCUUGAUUCCAGCCACGCUGCUGCCCUCCAUGACCAGGGAAGGUCUCUGGGCUUCAGGGGUCCUUGAGCCCAGAAGAGGAUCCUUAGAGAGGGUCUCUUUCUGGUGGGUAUGUUCAUUCUUCCACUGUUCUUCUGUAACAGAAGGCACCUGGAUGGUGGGCAGCGGGUUGCAAAUACUUUUUAAAGAAAUACGAAGUUCCUCUCUCUGGUGUUGUAUUGGAGAAGUUCUAGAACCGCACUGUCCAGUAGAAACAUAAUGUGAGUCAUACAUGGAGUUAGAUUUUUUUCUAGGGCUGGGGAUGUAACUCAGUGGUAGGGAACUUGUCUAGCCUUUGUGAGG